AUGGGUGGAAAAGAAAAGGAAGAGACAAGCUUGGCAACUGAACCUACAAGCUUGGAUCAUGUAGGACCUUACAACCUCAGCACAGGUUUUAGCUCAGACGUGGAUGAAAGGGCAGUUAUAAAAGCUGUGACUGAUAGAAAUUUCCUCACUAUAAAAGUUCCUUCCAUCACAUACCCACUAACAAAGCUCGCACUGCUGCAUCCCUGCAUCCCACCCAGAAGUCCCGCCACCAUCACCAUAGUGCCUAAGAGAAAGGCUGAAGGGGAUGCUAAAGGAGAUAAGACCAAGGUAAAUGAUGGACCACAGAGAAGAUCCCCCAGGUUAUCAGCUAAACCUGCUCCUCCAAAGCCAAAGCCAAAGCCUAAAAAGGGCCCUGCAAAGAAGGGAGAGAAAGUACCGAAAGGGAAAAAGGGGAAAGCUGAUGCUGGCAAGAAUGGGAAUAACCCUGCAGAAAAUGGAGAUGCCAAAACAGACCAGGCACAGAAAGCUGAAGGUGCUGGAGAUGCCAAGUGAAGUGUGUGCAUUUUUGAUAACUGUGUAUUUCUGGUAACUGUACAGUUUGAAAUACUAUUUUUUAUC